UAUUUUUUCUUUAACAUCACGCGUCAUAUCUCUCUCAUUUCAUCUUAAUUCUCUCGUAUGUUGUUUGAUUGGGAGGGUCAACAAAACAUGAACCUUUUAUUUCUAUUUUUCAUGUUCGGUGAAACAUAUUUUGUCAAGAGCAAGGAAUUCAUCUGUUGAUCAAGGAUCAAGAUAAAAAAUAGUUUCAAUUUUCAACAUGACAGUCAAAUCCAUUUGCACUAAAAUAAGUUCAAGAUCACAGGAACUUCUUAACUGAAAAUUAAGCAAAAAUACGUAUGCACCAUAGUGGUUCCAUUAUAAAUUAUAAUGCCUAAGAACAAGGUUCAAUGGACUCCUGUUGGCCUAAGAAAUUCACUGAAUGAAUAACCUGUACAACAUUUUUCUGUUUCAAAGGGCACAAUAGUCAGUUUCAACAGUCUUAGUUGACUUUGCUAAACAGAACAAAACACAACCUUCUAUUCUAUGUUUUCAUUCCAACACGACCAGGUCAUACCUCAGACCCUUUCUCCCAUUCAAACUCUACAUAAUAUCUAGAUUCUGUGGCAGUUGGAGUUCAGCCCCAAGCCAUGAACAACAUGAAUAACAAACCAUGUUUCUUCUGGCUUUCUCUUCUAAUCUCCUGCUUCUUCCUUCACACCUACACUUCCCUUGCUGCUUUGACCACCAUCUCAGCCAAUCAAUCUCUUUCUGGUGACCAAACUCUUGUCUCCAAAGAUGGGAACUUUGAACUGGGUUUCAUCAAUCCAGGCAACUCCUCUAGAUACUACAUAGGCAUGUGGUACAAAAAGGUGUCAAGAAGAACAUAUGUUUGGGUAGCCAAUAGAGAUGACCCUGUUUCUGAUAAGAAUUCUGCCAUCUUAACAAUAUUGCGUGGUAAUUUAGUGCUCUUGGAGAAUGGGAAUCUAGUUUGGUCAACGAAUUUGAGCUCUCCUAGCUCUGGUUAUGUAGAAGCUGUGCUUCUUGGUAAUGGGAACCUGAUAUUAAGCAACAAGCCUAAUGCAUCAGAAUCAGAAUCUCUGUGGCAGAGUUUUGAUCAUCCAACAGAUACAUGGCUUCCAGGUGGUAGAAUCAAACUGGACCACAAAACGAAGAAGCCUCAGUAUCUGACUUCAUGGAAGAACUAUGGAGAUCCAUCAACAGGGCAAUUCUCUCUGGAACUGGACCCCAAUGGAACCAGUGCAUAUCUGAUUCUAUGGAACAAAACUGAGCAGUAUUGGACCAGUGGUGCUUGGAAUGGACAUAUUUUCAGUUUGGUUCCGGAAAUGAGGCUUAACUACAUUUACAAUUUCACCUUUGUGUCGAAUGAGAACGAGAGUUACUUCACCUACACCGUGUACAAUACUUCCCAACUAUCUCGUUUCGUGAUGGAUGUCACGGGGCAGAUCAAGCAAUUUACUUGGCUGGAAGUUUCUCAGGAAUGGAACUUGUUCUGGUCACAGCCAAGGCGCCAAUGCGAGGUUUAUGCUGUUUGUGGUGCAUUUGCGAGCUGCACUGAGACAUCCCAGCCAUACUGUAAUUGUGUAACUGGCUAUGACCCAAAGUCACGAUCUGAUUGGGAUCUAGGAGAUUACACAGGUGGGUGUGUGAAAUCAACGAAGUUUCAAUGUGAGUCAUCCAAUUCCUCUAAGGGGGCAAAAGACAGGUUUUUAACAAUGCCAAACAUGGCUUUGCCUGAACAUGCUGAACUUGUGGGAGCUGGUAGUGUUGGUGAAUGUGAGUCAACUUGCUUUAGCUACUGUUCCUGCAAAGCUUAUGCUUUUAACAGCAGUGGUUGUUCAUUCUGGAAUGGGGAUCUCUUGAAUUUGCAACAGCUUACUCAGGAUGAUAGUACAGGACAGACUUUGUUUCUCAAACUUGCAGCAUCUGAGUUUCAUGAUUCUAAGAGCAGCAAUGGGAUAAGCAUUGGUGUUAUUGUCGGUGCUGUUGGUGGUGGUGUUGUGGCGAUUCUUCUAGCUCUUGUUGUAAUAGUGGUGCUGAGGCGAAGUAAGAGACAAGGUGGAGCAAGAACUAGGAUGGAGGGGUCAUUGACUGCAUUUGCUUACAGAGAUUUGCAACAGGCCACAAAGAAUUUCUCAGAAAAACUGGGAGAGGGAGGUUUUGGUUCUGUCUUCAAAGGAACAUUGUCUGAUUCAAGCGUUGUAGCAGUGAAGAAGCUAGAAAGCAUUAGCCAAGGUGAGAAGCAGUUCAGAACAGAAGUGAGCACAAUUGGAACAGUUCAACAUGUCAACCUUGUCAGGCUUCGUGGGUUCUGUUCUGAAGGUGCUAAGAGGCUGCUGGUUUAUGAUUACAUGCCAAACACUUCCUUGGAUUCAUGCCUGUUUCAGGAGAAGGAAAACUCCAAGGUGAUGUUGGGUUGGAAAGUGAGGUACCAAAUUGCUCUUGGAACAGCAAGGGGAUUGGCUUAUCUUCAUGAGAAGUGCAGGGACUGCAUCAUACACUGUGAUGUGAAGCCAGAGAACAUCCUCCUGGAUGCAGAUUUGUGUCCCAAGGUAGCAGAUUUUGGCCUUGCCAAGCUUGUAGGAAGAGACUUCAGCAGGGUCCUAACUACCAUGAGAGGAACAAGAGGCUAUCUUGCACCAGAGUGGAUCUCUGGAGUGGCUAUCACUGCCAAAGCUGAUGUUUACAGCUAUGGAAUGAUGCUUUUUGAGAUUGUUUCCGGAAGGAGAAACUCUGAUCCUUCUGAAGAUGGCCUAGUUAAGUUCUUUCCCACUUUUGCUGCAAACACAGUGCAUCAAGGUGGGAAUGUGCUUACCCUGGUGGAUCCUAGGUUGGAGGCUGAUGCUAGUGUUGAGGAGGUUACUAGAGUCAUCAAAGUUGCUUCUUGGUGUGUUCAAGAUGAUGAAGCUCACAGGCCUUCCAUGGGUCAGGUUGUUCAGAUCCUUGAGGGGGUUUUGGAUGUGACUUUGCCUCCAAUUCCAAGAGCACUCCAAGCCUUUGUUGAUAACCAGGAGCACAUAGUUUUCUUCACUGAUUCAGCUUCCGCGGUCUCCACCAAGAGUUCACAGCAGGUGAAGAGCAACGUCUCAACACAGUCUUCUCAUUCCAAAAGCAACAGCUCCUCUAGUACCCAGUCCUGAAGACAAAGUUACAAUUAGUUGUUUCUUAUUUUGAUUGAGGUGUUUGAUUGUGUAACUAUGUAAGGGUUGUUUAACCAAAAAUUUGUUUAUAAAAAUUGAAAUAAAGAAGUGGGUGUAAUUUCCAACA